AUGAACCGUUACACAAUCAUCAAACAACUAGGUGAUGGCACCUACGGCAGCGUGUUGAUGGGGAAGAGUGUCGAGUCAGGAGAACUUGUGGCUAUCAAAAGAAUGAAAAGAAAGUUCUACUCAUGGGAUGAAUGUAUGAAUUUGAGAGAAGUCAAGUCUCUGAAGAAGCUGAAUCAUGCCAAUGUAAUCAAAUUGAAGGAGGUUAUACGAGAAAAUGACCACCUCUACUUUGUGUUUGAAUACAUGAAGGAAAAUCUCUAUCAGUUAAUGAAGGACAGAAACAAGUUGUUCCCUGAGUCAGUCAUCAGAAACAUGAUGUAUCAGAUACUACAAGGGCUAGCUUUUAUCCAUAAACACGGAUUUUUUCAUAGAGAUAUGAAGCCAGAAAAUCUUCUAUGCAUUGGACCAGAGCUUGUGAAAAUAGCAGACUUCGGGUUGGCAAGAGAGCUAAGGUCUCAGCCACCUUAUACAGAUUAUGUAUCUACCAGGUGGUACCGUGCUCCUGAAGUUUUGCUGAGAUCAUCUAUUUAUAGCUCACCUAUUGAUAUGUGGGCAGUUGGCAGCAUAAUGGCUGAAUUAUACACCCUCAGACCACUUUUCCCAGGCACAAGUGAAGUAGAUGAGAUUUUCAAAAUUUGCCAAGUCUUAGGGACUCCAAAGAAGAGUGACUGGCCAGAAGGAUACCACCUUGCUUCAGCCAUGAAUUUCCGUUUCCCACAGUGUGUCCCUAUAAGCCUAAAAACUCUCAUCCCAAAUGCAAGCAAUGAAGCAAUACAGCUUAUGAGUGAUACACUGAACUGGAAUCCAAAGAAAAGACCUACAGCAAGUCAGGCUUUGAAGUACCCUUAUUUUCAAGUUGGUCAAGUUUUAGGACCUCCUCCACAGUAUCUGGAGAAGCAGACUCCUAUUAAACCAGUUCAGCCAACAGAACCAAAGCCAGCUUUACCUAAACUGGAACCUAUAUCCAAGCCAGAACCUCUGUCUUCACCUGAUGGACCAGACAAAACACAGCCACAGCCUCCGUCAAAGGUUAACCACCAGCCUCUUCAGCAAAUUCAGCUGCCUCAGAAUACAGCUAACCAGCAAGUACCAAAGCAGCAGCAGCCACAGCCACAACCCUUUUUUCCAACUAUUGUUAAAAACUCAUCACCAAAUGGUGCAGUAUGUCCUAAAAGCUGCAGAAGACGAUGGGGUCAGACUAUGGUAAAGGCUAUGGACAGCUGGGAUGACUGGGAUGACCCUGAAUUUGGAAUGUCAUGUUCAAAGAAGCCUAGCAUUGCACUGUUGAAAGAAAAGAAAAACAAGGAAUUUCCAUUUAGUUUGCCAGAACCAAAAGCUUCAUGCUGUAUUCAGCCAGGAGGGGAAAAUAAGGUUCUGAUGAGAAAUGAUUCUGGAAGAUCAAAUACAUCAGCAAAACAGUACUAUCUAAGACAAUCAAGAUACCUACCUGGUGUAAACCCAAAGAGUGUCUCUUUAGCAGCAGUCAGAGAAGGAUCCCAUGGAACCUGGAACAACCAGUUGUUUUCUAAACCGCAGGCACAUACUGGAGGAGGAGUGAAUUUGAACAGAAAUACUACAGAUGAGAACUUAAUUAUACCUAUUGAAAAGCUAUCAUGCAGAGAAAGGUUGAAUGAAAAAUUUGAGGAUCCAAAAGGAAAUCCUGGCUUUGUGAGUGGUGCUGCUUACAACCCAUCAGGAGCAUAUAUCCCUUCCUUUCACAAAAAAGAAGCUGGAUCAGCAGGACAGAGGAUACAGCUAGCUCCUCUUGGUGUAUCAGGUAAGGAACAUUAUUCCUGGAAAACCAAAGCUGCUCGUGCUCAGUUACCAGCUCCCACUCUGAAUGCAGGAGCAAGAAAUAUGUCUGUAUUAACCCGCCCACCAGCAAUUCAGCCAGUACAUGGAAGAACAGACUGGGUGGCCAAAUAUGGAGGAAACAGAUAA